UGCUCUUCUUGCCCCGUUGCUGUUAACUGACAGAGAGUCGGCGUGUCAUUGACGACCCUGGGUGUUGAAAUGUGCACCCAAAUGACCUGUGCAACACACAAACGAUUUAUUCUAAUGACAGAUAAUUAGAGAUACUAAUUAAUUGGGUAUCAUUAAUUUUGGGAUAUUUAUAGAUGAUGUUUACCUCUACAAACUUUCGAAGAAAUGAUUCUCUGUCCCAGCAAUCAACAUUUGAAUUACUACAAGAUUUAAUCAACAAACAUUGUUUGGGAGACUCUUCUGACGAUUGCUGAUACCAGGAUACCGUUAUCAUGAAUAUUUGGACAAUUACUGUAACUUUGUUAUUACACAUCACUCCCUGCUACUUUCAACAAAAUUCGGCAUGGUGGAGUGGCCAGGCAUCGCCCUCGGCUAGCCAAAACAGCCGCUCAGGGACGUCAGGUAAUAACCCGGGCGGUCAAGCUGUAAAUCCGGCAUGGAACCAAGCUCCAAAGUCCUGGCCAAACACUGAACCAUCGGGUUGGUCAGCAUCAAAUAAACGGCACGUGACUACCAAACCCAGAAAUACUAACGUCCCUAAAAGACGAAGAAACCCUACUUCUGGACAAGGACGUCCAGCUGGAAACAAUGGUAAUCGUAAUCAUAAUUGGAAACCAAGCGUUUUCCCAUAUUCAAACGCGAAAAAGCCUCCCGCGCCACCACAAUGGUCUGUAAAAUCGGGCUCAUCGACAUGGAGAGCUCCGGGAAUGAACUCACCUCCAAAACGUAAAACGACGAAUGCUUGGGGCCGAAACAGAACACCAAAUGUAAACAAAGGCCAAAAACCCUACGAUUUAGUAAAAGGUUGGACGUCCACUGGAGCACAAACAUUGUGGACAGAUCAGGGUAACAACAAAAACGCUCCACCAACAACAACACAGCCGAAGAGACCAGAACGGCACCAAUUGCCAUCAUGGAUGCAAAAACGUCCUGCAAACAAUCGACAAAAUACAGGCAAAGUUUACCAUUCAAACGGCCCUAGAGGACCAUCUUAUCAACGUCCCAGUCCAGGAUAUACGCCUAAACCAUACCAACAGACUGGAUACACACCUAAGCCUUUCCCACGGGCUGGAUAUACUCCUAAGCCGUACCCAUAUCCUGAGCAUACCCCUAAGUCGCAUAUUCGUAAACCUGGAAAUCAGGAGAUACGACCGCCGCGUAACCCUACAAAUUACCGUCCGUCCGUACGGAAACCUAAAUACCACAGAGAACUUCCGAAAGGUACACGGGCUCAAUCAAAUCGUAGGCAUGAAGAAAGACCUCGAUUUACAGUUCCCCCGAGAUCACGGUUCGAUACUCUGAAUCCUUUGCCACGCGACCCAGUGACAGAUAACCAUCGACCGACCAGACCCAGAGCACGCACACCUGCCUGGUCGGAGCCACCAUCUCCUCCAAUGCCUGCUCGCGCUGGACGCUUUGAAGCAAGUCCGGGUCAAAGUUUCCAUCGCACAGAACAAAAACGCGUUGACUUCAAUCACAAUGAUCCACCAAAGAGGGAAACAGCCCCGAAAAGAGAACCUAGACGUAGAAAAGUAAAUUCUCGACAUGAGGUUCGACAGAGCAAUACCGUUCAACCCCAGGAAUCUAGGCGAGUACAAUCCAAUUCGAGAAUUGAAUCUACACCUAAAGAUUCUUUUAAAGGCAAGGAAGCUAGUCGCAACAAUGCUGUUUUCCCUAAAGAACAACCAGUAUAUACUGAUCCUGUGUUACCAUCUCGUAAUCGUGUCGAUACACAAAACGAACCAAUACCAUCUAUAGAACCCAACCGUAUCACUAACACCCCGAAAAUGAAUUCAGACCACCACACUAGUAUGCCACACGCAUCCUCACAUAAAGACCCAAUACCCAGCGAUACAUUUUCUCACGCAGAUACUAAAGGAAGCAACACAAUAACAAAGACUGAAACUAAUCAGGUUAGUGAAGUAACGAAUACUGAACCAACUCACAGCACUGUACCUGUACCAACAGAAUCUAUUCGGAUUGAUUCUAACACUAAAGAAAAACCAAAAAGCAAAAGAGGGAAAACAAGAAGGAAAGAAAAGCCAAAACCAACUUUACAGACUAAAGUAGAAACAUCACAGACCACCAUGGAACCAGGGCAUGUUAAUGAUCUUUCAGACAAAACUAAUACUCCAGUUCCUCAAGAAUCUGUUCAGCUAGCAGUUGAGGUCAAGCCGAUAAAACCUACAAAAGCUGUAGAACAGCAGUAUCAGAGAGAUCCUAUUACAGAGAAAAUUAUAGCUGAACUAAAAAGGAAACUCAAAAUCCUGUCUGCGCCAAAAUCUGAAAUAGACAAAUCUGCUGGAAAUGAUAGUGUGUCUGUUUUGGAGGUACUGCAGCAAACACAGUUAGCAUCUGCUGACACACCACCAUCCGUGUUACCCAAAACACAGGACAAAUCGAACUCUCGGCCAAGCGAUUUACAUCACUCAUCGGCUGGUUCACCACACAACACACAACGUAAAGAAAAAACAGUUCACCAGGAUAACGGACCAAAUCAGGACAUCACUGAAAUACGACAUUCCAGUACAGACAGACACCAUUCAGAGUUCACACGUAAUACCGAUAUUCAUCAUGAAGAGAUAGCAGAGCCGAGACGAACGAAAUCACGAAUUCCUGGUACCUUAGACGCUUCGUUACCACAUUCAAACUCUCAUCCAAACGAACGAAUCGAUGCACAUACAGCAGACCAUCAUGCUAAUGUAGAACCAAUUAAAGCAGACAUUCAUGAAAUAGCUUAUUAUGAAGGUGUGACAGAGGUUCGACCAAAGUCAACUUCGCAUCCAGAUGCCGUAAGACACGAUCCGCGUACAGCACGUCGAGAGGGCCGGCAUCACAGGCGCAGAGGAAAUUCAAAAAGGCGUAGAGUUUUGUCAAAUGAACACACUGUUGAACCAACAAUAGAGUUUGUUGGGGAUCCGUAUGUAGACACUCAUAAAUCAACACGUACAGGUAGAAAAGGACCCCUUCCCGAUCCGAGACCGGCACAAAUUCCUCCUCGGAAAAAUAGAAAACGGACAGAUGAUACCGGAGAACUAAUAUCUGUGUACAAUAGUAAGACAGAUACUUUUAUUGAGCCUCCACCCAACUUCACACCUCGUCCAAAGAGUGAGGCAGAUAUAUGGGGCAAGAGUCAACCAACUCAACCAGCCCGACCUGGUCCAUCGGCGCACGAGCUGCCAGCGGAUCACUGGGGACCAAACUCCCACGCACCAGAUCCACACAUGGGCCCUCCGAGUCCUUAUAUGCCCGCUCCAGACCCCUAUGCUUCUCCAUCUGAUCCGCAUGCACAGCCACAACCUGCCUAUCAUGAUGACGGUUGGCCAGGGCAUCAACCAGGAUACCAACCUAGAACCGCAGAUGCAUAUAGAAAUCAACACGCUUCAGUCAAUAAUGAUGCACAUAUGGCAGGCCAACCAGGCUAUCCCCCCGAACCAUAUCACGGUCACCCGCCAGAACCCCGUCCGUAUGAAUACCAAGGAGGCCCACAAGCACCAUACCCACCAGACACUUAUCAACCACCCGGUCCACCAGAACCAUAUCAUCCAGCCGGCCCUCAAAACCCAUACCCUGCAGUUAGCCAACCAGGGGCAUAUUAUCCAGAUCCACACCAGCCACCCCCAUAUCCGGAUGUGCCCCCAGCUGGCCCCUACGGUCCUCCUCCAACUGUAAAUUCCGGACAGAUAUAUCAUACUCCUGCCACCAUUCCUACCACCACUGAUGACGAUCCACCGGUGCCGACGAUAAGAAACUCGUGGUUCCCCACACCACAACCACCAGCCGCUCAGCAUCCCCCGACUUACCAUACAACACCGUCACCUUUGACCAAUUUCAACCCUUACCCUGGACCACCUUAUGCUCCACCUCCACCAGAAACGAGACCUCCGCCGUUCUAUGAUGCCCCACAGUUUGACCAGUAUACGAUCAGAUAUCCGGACGGAUCAGCCUCCAAAGAGGAGUACACUGAAGUGACUAGCGCUGUACAGAGGAUAGUCAACUACGUAUAUGAUAAUGCAAUGAGGGUCUAUAAGAUCGCCGACUACUUCGUUAUGGACAGAAAUACUGACAGCUUCGCAAUACGUAUAGCCAAAGACAUGUGUUACGUCGGCACUCUGGACUCGGCGAUACUAGAUUCCUUUACGGAAUACACAUUGAAAACUCGGAAUGCGACGGAACCCGUAAUCUACAGCAACGAGCGGUUGUUCUUCUUCAAGGAAAUAGAACAAGUGUUCGUUAAUGACGUCAACGCCACGCGGGGCGGCUAUAUUGCAGGCUCGUGCGGCGACGCGUUCAUCUUCCGAGUUCGGAUGGUUAAACCAAGAAUGAUACAUAUGAAUGAUGGUUCCAUACUGCCGGGAAGUACCUGUCCUUACGGUGCGCCGCUAAAGGAACCACGUGGUGCGGUCACUUCCUGCAAGGCAGGGUACUGUCAGUCACGUGAACACGCGUGUAACCCUACUUACCACAUAUGUUGUCCAAAGAUGCCAGCAUCUACCAGAUGUAUGAGUCUGUCGAUAGGCAAGUUCUGUGUAACCUACUCUGCAAACAACGUGAUUAUUAACUAGGAGUUCCGACAUGUUUCGUCUUGUCCACUGGUGGCGUUGAUGUCUCCUCGCCAUGUAGUAUUAAACCAACCGCAGUUUCUCAACCUCUUCAUACAUACUUCCAUGAGAAUCGACGACAAAUGGUUGUGCGACAGCAGGUUCGGGUCGUGACACUAGGAAUUGUGUACCGACGGAAGAACAAAAGACGUCGAGUCUGGCUUGUGAGUGUGGAUUUCUGCAUUGAUUAUUUAAUUAAUGCAAUUAGUUUUAAGUCUUUAAGAAGGAACCCUAUUUUGUGCAUAGUGUUAGGCGCUAUACACUCUGAGAACAAAACGCAGUUAUUGACAAUCCUUACACGUUACUGUAAUGUUAAUUGACAAUAACAUUUUAUUUAAACCCGUAAGUAUGGGUUGGUGAUUUUCUAUCGCGAUGAUUUGGCGACACGCCACUAAAGAUGAUAUAGGGUAAAAUGGAGAGUAUAGUAAGCCAAAGCGUAAGUCACUUAAAUGAAUUGUUUGAGAAGUUUUAUACGUUUGUUGGGUCACCUAUGGAGACAGACAUUCAACAAAGAUAACAAUUUAAUUCCUGUUAAAUGGUGCUACACUCUCAGCAAAACAGAGUUGGAGAUAUUGGUUUAUUAGUUGUUUUAAUGGACACUUUCAAAGUGCAUUAAUUUACGCGAAUAUACCCCGACACCAUUUCCUACAGACUAUCAGUAAGAUGACCUUCCUUACUGAACAACAGGUCUAGUGAGACGUCAAACACAUGACCCGUCACAAUGUAAUUUAUACUGGGGAAAUUAGCAAGUUUUGUAUCAACUGCGUAACAAUACUGGUUAGUUUCGAAGAAGAAAAAAGAAAUAUAACAUUAUAGUUUAUAGUCGUGCAUUGCGGAUUUGCGUAGUGGUAGUUUACGGAUGUGUUCACACGGUACCUCUCUAUAUUAAAUGAAUACUCAUACCGUCACAAUGCCUUGUUGCUGCAGAGGUAACGUGAAUGAUGAACAUGUUUAGUUUUUACUUGGUAGUACUGGACUAGGAGUAUUGAUGUGAAACAAACAAUAAACAACUAAGAAAUA